AUGCACCGACCAAACGCCCAGCACCUCACCCUCGACCAUCUCGCUCCCCCCACGCCCUCCGACUUUGCUUCUCCCACCACCCCAUCGCCCACCACCCCGGCCUCCUUCCACACCCCGCUCGCCAGCACACCCUCCACCCUCCGCCUCGCCAUGUCGGAAGAAGAAGCCCGGCGCUCUUCCUACAAGCACAAGAGCCCCAGCAGCUCGCCCAUCAUGUCAGCCUAUGCUCAGCAUGUACCGGAUCUCGCGGCCGAUCCAAGUCAGGCAGCGUUGCUCCAGUCGGCAAGGAUGAAGCUCAGAUCGCAGGACCAGGAAGCGAUGAGCAAGCUGCGGGUAUCGAUGAAGGCACAGUCAGUGUCUGAUUCAAACUCGUCCAGCUCGCUCUCCCCUUCCAGCCCACGGUUCCCGCCCGGUACCGGGGGACAGCCUACGCGGACGUUGAGAACGAGAAGGUCGACAUUGUCGAGAAUCGCGCAUACCGCAGAGCUUGAGGAUGUCACGGAGGGCAAAGGCGAGAGUGGGGAUGAUGGUCAGAUGAAGAGGGGGCAAAGCCAGCCGGCCCGUUCGAGGACCGAGCCCCAAGUACCCCCGGCAAGCAGCGCAGACCAUGUCAUUGCCGUCGUCGGCCACCAAGGUGUGGGCAAGACCACCGUCAUUGCUCGUGCUCUACGCACCUGGGGCAUGUCCAAUCCCGUCAAAAUCCAGUCUGUCAAGGGCCAUCUCGUAUCCUCGUGUUACUCGCAGAUCGCCCCCGGAGGCAAGCUCGAGAGCAGCUGCAAAGUCGAAUUCCUCGAGAUGGACAUCAGAGCCCUCGACCUGGAUCCGGACGCGCCCACUAUCUGUCCCGCUUCCGUCCCCGGUGUAUCCGGGGUGAUCUGUUGUUACGACGCGAUGCGCGAAGAGACUCUGGAAGGGCUCAAGGACUGUGUGGCCCGCUUCGCAAAUAUAAAUAUCCCUACCGUCCUCCUCGCUUGCAAAUCCGACCCGCAUGAACCGCUCCAAGUACUCGCUGCCCGCGGAAACACAGUCGGAGAACCAUUCAACGUCGGUCUGAUCGAAGUGACAGAAAAGACGCAGGAGGGAAAGGUCAAGAUGCGGAAUGCCCUGAGGUGGCUGCUGUACAAACUCGAACAAAGGCAGCGCCGUCAACUCCGCCAACUCGUCAACAUUUCCCAAGCCCUCUCAACCGACUCUACCUUGCCAUCAUCAGCCGACGCUUCCUCCUCCGCUGCCGCCGCCGAAUCUUCUCCCCUGGAUCAUCUCCAAUCCCCAGAUUCGGACGGUGAAUCCCACGCGGAUAAAUUAAUGUGGAAAAAGAAGCUCAGCUUGACGCCGCGGAACAGUGAAGAGGUUACACGUGCCAGCGGCGUAUAUGAUCAAGAAGUGGGGGAUGAGGGAGAAGUGGAAAUGUUGGAAGAUGAGCCGGAACCUGCUCAAGAGGGAGGGGAAAAGGGGGCGAGUCAGGAAAGCUUGGGGUGGUUGGCUAGACCGGAAGAAGGGCCCGAUGCUGGCAAGAAGGCGGUGGGCGAAAAGCUGGCUAGGGCAGAUUCGACGGUCAGCCAGGGGGCGCAAGGUGAACCGCCCGUGUAUAUGAGCCUGGAGGAUAUCUACAACCAUCUCUUCACGAGUAUCGUCACGUCAAAGGACGACGAGUUCAUCAAAGCCUUCUUCAUGACAUAUCGACGGUUUUGCCAACCGUCAGAGGUCAUGAAAGAGUUUCUUGUUCGGUUCCAAGAAGUCGAAGAGUAUGGCGUCUCUAGGGAUGUGAGGAACUGGGCUUUGAUGAAACUUGCGGGGGCUCUGGUGGACUGGACGACGCGCUACACUGGUGACAUCUGUGCUCCCAUUACGGCAGACAUCUUUUCCGAAAUCGUGUCCCUCCUCCUCAAGCACACAUUCAUGGCCCACUUGCUCUCCGAUCUCGUCACUGCCCAGAACCUCCUCCCCCAGCGGACAGACGUCGACCAAUCCUGGUCCCUGAAGCCCGAACUCAACCCUCCCCAUUCGGCUACUUCCGAGUUGGUCAUUGACAGUGAAGUCUUGUAUGAUCUGGAAAGGUUUGACGACGGGCAAGGGAGCGACUCUUUUGGGCGCAAGACUGGGUCCAGCAACUCGGUGUCCACCAGCAGUCUUGCGCUUGAUAGUCAGAGAAGACGGAGUGGCUCUGAACCUCGCCCCACGACGAAUCUCGUCCAUCCUCCGCCUCCUCCGCUGCCACAACAAAAGACCGAAAAGGAAGGCUCCAUCUCUUCGGGUAAAAGCCGUUCAGCGAGUGGAUCGCACAAAAAGCUGGAUGUGAUUCCACAUCUGAAUGACGAGAUUUCCGAAGCACGAUGGGGAUAUGCGAUCAACUCGGUCUUGAGGAUGGAUCCGAGGACGUUUGCGGCAGAAUUGACGAGGUUGCAAUGGGAGCUGUUUGAAAACAUCCGACCUCGUGACGUCUUUAGGCACGACUUUGGAAAGGAGACAGAUGGUCCGGUAGGCAAGUCUAUCGCCUUUUUCAACCGGCUAUCACGGUGGAUAUCUACAAUGAUUCUCGCCCCCCACAAGCCCAAACAUCGUGCUCGUCUCAUCGAACGCUUCAUGAUCAUUGCCCACCAGCUACGCCGGCUAAACAACUAUGACUCUCUCUACGCCGUCAUCUCUGGUCUUCGCGAGACAUCCGUCCACCGCCUGGCAUCCACCAACGCCCUCGUCCAGCUGUCGCCCGCAGAGGAAAAGGAAUCCCAAUCGCAUCUGAAAUUGAUGGAUCCAAGAGGAGGCUAUGUCCAUUACAGGCGGGCUUUGCAAGCGGACAUAUCCCAUGGCCGCGGGGCUAUACCGCUCAUCAACAAUAUCCUCAGUCUCGUCAUCCGGCUCCAAUCAGUCAGGCAUGAGGAUGUCAGAAAGAGCGAUGGGAUGGUGCAGUGGGACAAGUUUAUGCGGUUUGGGGAGAUUCUGGGUACAAUUACCGAGUGUCAGAACAGGGGUCCAGCGGCCCAGGGGGAGGCUUCCCCUGGGUUCAGAAAGCUGAUGGAGGAGACGGUGAUCUUGACGGAUGAAGACGCGCUGUGGGAGAGGAGUCAAAUGCUGGAGAAUGGUACAGAAACAAUGGGAGGCAAGAUGUUGAAACGUCUGGCAAAUCUUGGGUUUUCGUGA